UCCAAGCGCGCGGCGCCAGUGCCUCUUUCCGUUUCUUCUGCGCGACCGAUCGGACGCUCGGAUCAUUGGAAUACUUCUGCGCGUUAAUCGGGAACGGCUGGAAAUCGUCUUUUUGGAUUCAUCUCGACUGUAGUUUUUACACCCGAACUGUUUCGAGGUCUUGGCAACGCCGCGAGCUUGUUUGUGGUUCACGCUAUCUGUGUCGGUAGUCUCGAGCUGAUCUUUGAGUUUGGAUGUUACUGCGCUUUUGCACCGCUCCGCACAUUCCCAAAUGACUGAGAGAGGAAUCAACGGGAGACUUUGUUCUCCGUCCCGCGCCUCUACGGCGACCGUCGGGUAAAGUUCGAGCGACAGGAAUGAUGGUUCAUCUUCCGUGAGGUUUGCGAAAUUGUUUAUUCAUUGACCACGACGCGGAAAACACCAUCUCCACCGACUCAACGAGGACCUCUCUGGAAUUACUAUUUUCUGGAUUUAUUCGCAAAACAUGAAGACUUUUAUUGUUGAGGGUGGUCGUCUCCUCUGCCUGGUGUUAUGGCUUAACCUGGUGCCAGUGAUGAAUGGCUGCCCAGCAAAAUGCGUGUGCUACAGCGAGCCGAGGCCAACCGUGGCCUGUCAACAGCAGGGUCUGUUCUCCAUCCCCACAGAGAUCCCCGUCCGCAGCCAGCGAAUAUUCCUGCAGAGCAACAAACUGACUGUGGUCCGAUCGACUAGCUUUAGUUCUGUGCAUAAUCUCACGGUCCUGUGGAUGUACUCAAACAACAUCAGCCAUAUCGAGGCGGGGGCAUUUUAUGGGUUGGAGAGACUGGAAGAGUUAGACAUCGGCGACAACAGCAACCUUCGGAUCAUAAGUCCCACUGCGUUUCGGGGCCUGACAAAGCUGCAUACCCUUCACCUACACAGGUGCGGACUGUCCGAGCUCCCGGUCGGAGUUUUCAGAGGACUGUUCUCUCUUCAGUAUCUGUAUCUGCAGGAUAACAACCUUUUAGCCCUGCAAGACGACACUUUCAUGGACCUGGCAAACCUCACCCACCUGUUCUUACACAACAACAAGAUCAAGGUCGUGACUGACCACAUGUUGCGAGGGUUGAUCAACCUUGACCGUCUGCUCUUGCAUCAGAACCGCAUCAUACAUGUGCAACAGCGGUCUUUCAAUGACCUUGGCAAGCUGACAACCUUGUUUCUCUUCUACAACAACCUCACCAUGUUGAUGGGGGAGGCCAUGAAUCCUCUAGUGUCCCUCCAGUAUCUAAGGCUGAAUGGAAACCAGUGGAUUUGUGACUGUAGAGCCAGGCCGUUGUGGGACUGGUUCAAACGCUUCAAAGGUUCCAGCUCCGAAUUGGAAUGCCACCUCCCGAGCACUCUGAUCGGGAAAGAUCUAAAGCGACUUAAAAGCGAUGACCUGGAGGGUUGCGUGGACACUCCGUCCCAGGUCCAAACCAGCAUCUUUAACACAAAGGCACGUUCUGGAAAGUUCCUCUCACUCGAUGACCCACUUGUAGAAAGCAUUCCCAGAUGUUGUCUUUCGGCUAAUGACAAAUCCUCCAUCAUCUCCAGCAAAUCUCUCCCUGAUCCUUCAUCCUACAAUAGCCGCCAGAUCACCAACAAUCCCCUGAAAGAGAAGGAGAACAUUUCCAAGACCAAGUUUCGGGAGGGCGAGCGAACAAAAAACGACACUCGUAAUAAGCAAAGUCUCAACGAUGGUCCUUUGGGAACCCUUUCCAACAACCUUGACCAGUCCUUGGACAAAAUAAACCCAGAGCUGCUAGACAAUCUGGAACCUUCAACAGCUCCGUCUAGAAAGAAAAAAAAGUGCUCCAAGAAGCCCAAAUCGGACCAGUCGUGUUUAAAGGGUCACGGAUCUACCAUCGAAGUAUUGGGCCUUCUUUUGAUCGCUGUGGUCUGGAUUUCCAUGGACUUCUCCUAGUUCAUACACACGUUCACCUGUUUGCUCUUGACAAUGACACAAAAUACCUGCAGCAGCCUACGUGGACAGGCAAAGACACUGAAAAGGGGGUUACGAGUCAGCCCGCAUGGUUGAGAAAAAAGUUACAAAAGCUAAAGACGUGUUACCAGGAAUGAAUGCCUUUACUGAAUACAACAUGAGA